AUGCGCACUGAUGAGUCACAUAAGAUAUACUGUGCUCCAAAAGCACCAUCGAAUGAGGAACCGAGUAACGCUCCGGCGCCCAAUGCCGUUCCCACACCCGAGAAUGAUACCAACGGCACUGAACCUACAGGGCCAACCGGCAGCGCUCCCGCGAUGACCCCUGCAGCAGUGGCGGCAUCGGCGGAGAUGAAAGAGUUUCUCAGCCAGCACCCCGAACUCCGCAGUCAGCUACAAGAUAUGUACCAGUCGACGCUGGAAGAAGAAUGGGUGGAAUCGUACACAGCCCCUGCACGAGGACGUGGGCGUGGCCGCGGGCGAGGUCGUGGAGGGUCUACUCCUCGUAGCCGUGGCCCAUGGACGUCCGAGAAAGGCUUCAACCGUGGCCUGGGCAGAGUCCGCAAGCUAAGGCAGGAUUGUGAGGAAGGGACGGAGACUGGCCAGACCGCCGAGGCUUUCAUGCGGUUUAUGGCGCUUGUCAAGAAGGGCCAGGACUCAGACUCAGCUUAA